AUGAUGAGCGCACAGCUCCAGCAGCAGCAAUCGGCGGCAGACGGAGCCGCCCCGCCAGCGUUAGGAAACCAGUCGCUGGGCUCCGAUGAACUCCCACCUGUACGGAACCGCGCCUCAGAAAGCAAGAGCCCAUAUGUUUCCCUUCAUGCCGACACACCUGUAGCUUGGCAACCUAUGAGCGAGGAAACUCUGGCCCGAGCCAAGGCCGAAAAUAAACCCAUCUACAUGCAUAUUGGAUUUCUGGCUGAUCACCUUUGCCACAUAACAACCCGGGACAUAUUUCACAACCCCACAGUUGCCGCCUUCCUCAACGAGCACUUUGUCCCGAUCAUCGUGGACCGGGAGGAGCGACCAGACCUCGAUGCAAUAUACCAAAACUACAGCGUUGCUGUCAACAGCAUCAGUGGCUGGCCGUUACACCUAUUUUUCACUCCCGAUCUCGAGCCCUUCUUCGCGAAUGCCUAUUUACCUGCGCCUGGUACUGUUGGGGAGGAUGGGGAGGCAUGCGACCUGCUCACCAUUUUGCAAAGUAAUCAUCGACUGUGGGUCGAGAAGGAGCAAAAGUGCCGGGAGGAGGCUGCGAAGGAGCUCGAAGGUCUAGAAAAGUUUGUUCAGGAAGGCGCUUUGCCACUUGCUCGCGCUCCCAACGCCACAGCAACGUCCGAUUCGGAUAUUGAGGUGGACCUGGACCACGUUGAGCUUGCUGUAAGCCGUAUAGCAAAACUUUUCGAUCCUGUGCAUGGCGGUUUUGGCCAGCCUGGGGAGCCAAAGUUUCCUAACCCGGCGCGGCUGUCCUUCUUGCUCCGGCUCAGAGAAUGUCCUGAUACAGUACGCGAUGUCAUUGGAGGAGACGAGGAUGUUGAGAGGGCGACAAAGAUGGCGCUUCAGACGUUGAGCAAGAUGAAGAACAGUGGUUUAAGAGACCACAUCGGUGAAGGGUUCAUGCGGAUGAGUUCCACCAGCGACUGGAACAUGCCCCAUUUUGAGAAGAUGGUGGGCGAUAACGCCCUACUGUUGGGGGUUUAUCUUGACGCCUGGCUUGGAAACAGAAAAGGAACGCAACUAACCAACCAAGACGAGUUCGCCGAUGUUGUGUUGGGUCUGGCCGACUACCUGAUCAGUCCCGCAAUUCAGCAAGAAAAUGGGGGCUUUAUUUCAAGCGAGGCGGCGUACUCAUACUAUCGCAAGGGCGAGCAGCACAUGACAAACGGGACAUUUUACCUUUGGACUCAUAGGGAGUUUGACGAGGUUCUGGGACCAGAAGCCAGCAAUAUCGCUGCCGCAUAUUGGAAUGUACAAGAGGAUGGCAAUGUACCCCAAGAGCGGGAUCCCUCCGAUGAGUUUCUUAACCAAAACAUUCUUUCCGCCGGUAACGGUGUUCAUGAGCUCUCGACUCAACAUGGUCUUCCGGUUGAGGAGAUACAUCGGAUCAUUGCAUCUUCAAAGAAGAAGUUGCUUGCUCAUAGGGACAAGGAACGCGUACGACCACCCAGAGAUACGAAAAUCAUUGCUGGAGUCAACGGCAUGGUCAUCUCAGCACUAUCCCGGUCACAAGCGGCGGCGGAGGCUGUUGGCCAUUCCAAAAGCGCGGAGUAUAUCAAACGCGCUGAAAAGGCAGCCCAGUUUAUCUUUGACAGUUUGUGGUUAAAUGAUAUCAACACCGAAGGCCCAAACGGUGGGCAGCACAAAGUACUGCACCGCUAUUGGAACAAUGGGCCGAGCGAGACGCUUGCCUUUGCUGAUGAUUAUGCCUUUUUGAUUGAGGGUCUUUUGGAUCUGUACGAAGCAACACUCAGUAAGCGGUGGCUAAAUUGGGCCCAGGAUCUUCAAGAGGCACAAAACCGGCUAUUUUAUGACUCGCCAUCGGCAGUGAACGGUACCCCAAGCCGACGCGCCGCUGGCUCUGGCGGUUUCUAUUCAACUGAGCUGCAGACCAUCAGCAGCAACAUCCCACGCUUGAAGAGUGCCAUGGACAUUCUGAUCCCCUCGGUCAACGCCGUCUCGGCCUCCAACCUCUACAGACUGGGCUCCAUCUUUGCGGAGCAGCGCUAUAAGCAGAUUGCGUUAGAAACGAUCAAGGCUUUCGACCCCGAGCUCAUGGAGCAUCACUGGAUACACCAGAGCCUCCUGGCAAAUGUCAUAACAGCGAAACUGGGAGUGGAAGAGGUCCGGAUAGAGAAUCAAGACCUUGCUCAGUCACAGCUGGCUGAGCUACGCUUGAGAGCGAGAGGUCGCGCAAGGGUUCUUGUCGAGGCUAAAUAGUCAUACCUGGCGAUGCCUGCCAAGUUGAAGUCGUAAGAAGCAGACAUGGUUAUAUAUCGACGGUCCAGGACCUGAUUAGGGAUAUAUGAAUCGGGCACUGGCACGCUUGGGCAGUGGGCGAAUGAAACGCAUGGGAAGGUAGCUUUUGAGUGUGUCGGGACUCUUGUAUCAAAGCGGUCAUGUAUUUAUAGUUGGCAGCUGUUUAGUAGUAGCAUGGGUGUUGAAUUAAGUGGUACGUGUAGAUGCUGAAUUUAGUGUUUUCUCCCUAACUCACAAUGGCUGUUUUGAGUGUUUCGCUUUUUCAUGCUGUGGUCAGGUGUCGAAACAGAGAUUCUUAUGCCGAG